AUGGAGGCCCCUGUUUUCUCCAAUGUGGACAUCAGAGUCCUAAAAAGGCAACUUACUGUAUUUGGCAUCCUCACGUUGACUUACUCGCUCAAGUAUUUCCACACUGCGUCCUCUCAAGUUACAAACUUCCCAGAUUAUGUCGGCGUGGGUUACCUUGAUGACAUUCAGAUCGGUUACUAUGACAGCAACACAAAGAAAGCAGAAGCCAAACAAGAAUGGAUGAAUAACUUUACAACGGUGCAUCAAGAGCACUUUACAUGGCAGACACAGUUAGGUAUUCGUAAUGAAGUGAACGACAAAGACACCUUGGAACGAUUACAGAAGAGCUUCAACCACACUGAAGGUCUUCACAUUUACCAGAGGAUGUACGGCUGUGAAUGGAAUGAUGAGACUGAUGAAAUCAAGAGUUGGGAACAGUCCAGCUAUGAUGGAGAAGAUUUUUUAGCGCUAGACACCAAGACAUGGACAUGGACUGCAGCAAAAUCACAAGCCGUCCCCAUGAAACACAAGUUGGACCACGAUCGAAAUCAUAUCGAGUACUUAAAGUUGUACUACACUGGGAUCUGUGUUGAUAACUUGAAAAAGUAUGUGAACUUUGGUAAAGACGUACUGAUGAGAACAGAGCUUCCAGAAGUGUUUCUCCUUCAGAAGACGCCGUCCUCUCCAGUCAGCUGCUUCGCGACAGGUUUCUACCCCAGCAGUGCGGCCUUGUUUUGGAGGAAAGACGGCAAGGAUCUCCAGGAGAACGUGGUGCACGGAGAAAUGCUGCCCAACCCUGAUGGAACCUUCCAGAUGACCGUGGAUCUGAAAUUGGAGGUGACGGCCGAAGUGGAGAGCAAGUAUGAAUGUGUGUUUCAGCUGUCUGGUGUCAAAGAGGACCUGGUCACCAAGCUGGAGAGAAGAAGCAUCCUGAACAACGCAAGCGAUGAAGGUGAGAAAGACACCCAUUCAUCCAUCCAUUUUGUACCACUUGACCCUCUCUGGGUCACGGGGAGUGCUGGAGACUAUCUCAGCUGCAUUCGACACAUUAAGUUGAAUUAUUACGUCCUCAAAUCAAGAACAUUGGCGAUAUUUUAUCAGAACUUCCACCAUUAUUGA